UUUGAUUUUGGUGUAAAGAGCAGUGUGACAUUUUCCUCCUACCCGUUGUACUUUAGUGCCUGCAAGCUUUUUUCUCAAUCUGUACUUCCAUCGUGAAGCAAUCGAAUGUUCUUUGUUGUCAGAAUGCCUUUGUAGACUGUAAUCCAAACACGGAAGAUUUUUCACAUGCCCGAUCUUGAUUGGCUGCUGCGAAAUAUCACGUGCGCUGCAGGCAAUGACGUCUUCAGCACUGUAAUGUCUUGAAUAGCUACAGCUCUCCACCUGAAGCUCCUUGCGAGUUCAUACCGUCCCUUACUGGGAUACGCAGUUGAAUCCCUGAGUUUGACACAGUCCACCUUCUGUAAUCACCAUGACGACCCCAUCAGCCCCCGACGGACCCAAUCCCCAGACCGCAUCGCCAUCGACUCCACCAGGUGAAUCUCCAGAACAACCUCCCACUACUUCAGCCACGGCAACGGCCCCAUCAUAUCCACCGAUCUAUACAACCGCUGAGCCCGAACCGGGUAGUGCAUCUAAAAUGCCUGAACCAACAGCAGCGGCACCAGCUGGCGACUCAAUUCCGACAGAUACACCAACUACAACUACAGACACGCCCACAGCAACAACUACAACUACUGAUCAAAAUCACAAUCCAGACAACCCAGCACCACCCCAACCAGGCGCCAUCCCAACCCCAACUUCGACAUCAUCAACAACAAUCCAAGAUGACUUCGGACCCGAAACACAACUCCAAACCAACCCUUCCCUCCCGCCACAGCCACAACCCCAAUCCCAGCCGGGCAAUAUGUCCACUUCGACUCCGAGUACACUGCAACAGGGUCUAGGCCCGCAAACGCAGUUACAGACGAGUCCGGCUGUUCCUCCUCCGCCCAAGGUUGGAGAGGUGGCUUCGCCCCCUGCACCUGCUCAGCAGCAGCAGCAGCAGCAACAGCAGUAUGUUCCCCCAACACAGGGGUAUGGCUAUGGCUCUGGGUCCAGCUCCAGGUAUAGGCAUGGGCAUGCCUAUGGUCAGGGACAAGGCCAGCAGGCAAUUCCAAACUCGACUUCGGCGUCUCCGUUUGCGUCGUCGCUUUAUAGUGCGCCUGCCUCUGUGCAGUCGUCGUUACCGCUUCAUUAUAACAGUGCUAGCCAAGGUGCUUCCUUUGGUAAAGAGGAAGAAGGGGGUGUGUAUGAAACAGCCAAGUCAUGGAUGCAGAGUGCGGGGAGUAAAUUGGGUGAGGUGGAGGCGGAGAUUUGGAGGCGGAUUAACAAUGCUCAUAAAUAAAUGACUGAUUUGGUUAUGUUAUGUAAUUUUGGCUGUAUUGUUAUUAUGUUGGGUGGAUUUCUGCAGGUAAAAGUUUUUGUUGGGUUGGUUGUACUUUAGGUGGUUGGGACGAACAUCCUCUUGAACUGUGUACUUUUAUAACAUCGAAUAUUAUGAUUAAGUUGACUAAUAUCAAAAGACAAUUGACAAGUCUGAUGUAGAUCUAUAUUCACUAGACUAAUAUACUAGACCGAUAUGAGAAAUUGACAGACCCAGUGCAAUCAAUUAAGAUGACCAAGUAAGAAAAGAUGUAACGCAAGAGCCAAGUCAGUACAAUGCAGUUAAGAUGACCAACUAUCCCAAGCCCAUAGUAACAUUCAUUCUCAUCACUGUCAAGGUCCAUAUGAAAUAUCCCCCG